AUGACAGGGUCAAACAUGGAUAUUGCAGCUGAUUCAUGUGAAAGCUUGCUGGAUCAGUUCCUGCUGGAGCCAACUGCUCUGGCAGAGGACAGAAUCAUGGGUGAUCAACAUGACAACUUGAUGAAUUGGUUCCUGAAUGAACAGGAACCAACUGCUCCCCCAGUGGAUGGCAUGAAUGUGGAUCUACUUGCACAAUUGCUGAAUGCAUGGGAACCAUCAGCACCACCAGUCACAGAUGAGAAAUUAAAUAGGAUGGACAGGUCUUCAACACCUGCACAAGACAUUACUAUGCAGGAUACGAGGGAACCAACACCUCCCCUGCUCAUUCUAAAUGUACCUGUUGAAUCUUUUGACUUGGCAGUGGAUGAAGACAACAGGGCAAAUCCUUUGACUUUUGGCAUGCCCAAACAAUCAGAGAUGAGGGAUCUUUUCAAAGAAAUAUGCAAUGGUGAACUUCCAUCUGACCAGAAAUCUCUUCAAAUGGAACAGUGGGGAUUGGCACCUGUUCCAUGUUGUGAUCAAGUCCUGUGUGCCUUACAUGCCAUGGUAUCUUGCUACCAUGGAAAUGCUGCUCCCAGCAACACACCAUUUGAUCCCACCCUCAAUAGGCACCUUGUGUGGGCUGCAAAUGCCAUUGCAAGAGAAUUGGGCAUAGCUGCAAGGGACCAGUAUGGUGCUGCCUCUCAGGGCCUUCAACUCAUCAAUAUGCUUGAUUUGAUGGAAGUCAUUCAAUAUCCACAUUCUGCCUUUGAAAAUUGUCCUGAGCCAUUCAUCACCAACCAAUCACACCCAUCUCACCAGUCUGUGGUAGAGAUGGGUAUCCUCUACUUGGCAUGCCAGAUUGAGGUGGCCUCUGUACAUCUGAAGCAGACUGCCAAUAUCAUGGGAUGGCCCACAAAUUGGUUUGCAAACCUAGCAAUGGACUUGAAUCAGCUUAAUAGCUUGAUUCUGGUGACAUUGUUGCAUGCCAGUUAUACUCCUCCCCUCCCAGCAUGCUACCAUGUGUACCUCAGACACCAAGAUGAUGAGCUAAUUCUCCUUAGCACAUUUUGCAUAAUUGACAAUAUCAGUGCCAUUGUCCCACAUUGGACCCCACAUGCAGCUGAUCCCAAUUCUGGCUUUGCAUUCCCUUGGUGGCUAUAUUGUGCCAAGGAAUACACAGCAGAUUCCCAAAGAUUGCAAGGCAAGGGAUUGUUUUCUGUGGCCUGGGAUUUUUUUAAGUUGAUGAUGGCCCAGGGCUUAUGGCCAUUGCCUGAGGUGCCAAUUGCAGACUGUCUCAAUGGCCAUAUCAAGGAGCAGGUAAACUACUGCAUCAAAAAUAUUUGGAAAUAUGCCAAUGUUGUCAAUGGUCAGGGUUGA